CGCGCGCUCGCACUUCGCUCGCGGAGACCGAAGGCGGCGGGAGCGGGCUCCGAGGAGGGGGGAAAAGAGAAAAAAAAAAAAGAGAGAGAGAGAGCUCGCCGGGGCGGGGCGGGAGAAAGUGGCCGCCCGGAGGACGUUGGCGUUUACGCGUGGCGGAGCGGAAGAGUUUUUCCUCUUCGUCCGCGCCUUCGGAAGCCGCGCCCGCGGCUCGCAGGGGGGUCCGCGCCCGGAGCUCCUGCCCGCCCCCGUGCCGCGCUCGCCGCCCGCGCGUGGGCCAAGUGUGGGGCCGCGCGUGCGACCCGCGCCCGAGACCAGCCCGCCGCCCGCGCCCGCGCCCCUCCCACCCGGAGUGCCCAUGGCGACGCGGGUGCUGACCAUGAGCGCCCGCCUGGGCCCCGUGCCGCAGCUGCCGGCCGCGCAGGACGAGCCCGUGUUCGCGCAGCUCAAGCCCGUGCUGGGCGCCGCGACGCCGGCCCGCGACGCGGCGCUCUUCGCCGGCGACGAGCUCAAGCACCCGCCGCCGCCGCCGCCGCAGCAGCAGCCGGGGCACCACCACCACCACCACCAGCACCACCACCCGCCGCCCGCCGCGCCGCCUGCCGCGCCGCAGCCCGCGCCGCCGCCGCCGCCGCCCGCCGCGGGCCCCCGGCUGCCCGCCGAGGAGCUGGUCCAGACAAGAUGUGAAAUGGAGAAAUACCUGACACCUCAGCUUCCUCCAGUUUCUAUAAUUCCAGAGCACAAAAAGUAUAGGCGUGACAGUGCCUCCGUGGUAGACCAGUUCUUCACUGACAGUGAAGGGCUGCCGUACAGUAUCAACAUGAACGUCUUCCUCCCCGACAUCACUCACCUGAGAACUGGCCUCUACAAAGCCCAGAGACCGUGCGUGACACACAUCAAGACAGAGCCUGUUACCAUUUUCAGCCACCAGAGUGAGACGACCGCCCCUCCUCCGGCCCCGACUCAGGCCCUCCCUGAGUUCACCAGUAUCUUCAGCUCGCACCAGACCGCAGCUCCCGAGGUGAACAACAUUUUCAUCAAACAAGAACUUCCUACGCCCGAUCUUCAUCUCUCUGUCCCUCCCCAGCAGGGCCACCUGUACCAGCUACUGAACACCCCGGAUCUCGACAUGCCCGGUUCCACCAACCAAGCUGUAAUGGACACUCUUAACGUAUCUAUGUCAGCCACCAUGGCAGGCCUUAACACACACACCUCUGCUGUACCGCAGACUGCAAUGAAACAGUUCCAGGGCUUGCCCCCUUGCACAUACACAAUGCCAAGUCAGUUUCUUCCCCAGCAGGCCACUUACUUUCCCCCCUCACCACCCAGCUCAGAGCCUGGAAGUCCAGAUAGACAAGCAGAGAUGCUCCAGAAUUUAACCCCACCUCCCUCCUAUGCUGCUACAAUCGCUUCUAAACUGGCAAUUCAUAAUCCAAAUUUGCCUGCCACCCUGCCAGUCAGUUCACAAAACAUCCAGCCUGUCAGAUACAAUAGAAGGAGUAACCCCGAUCUGGAGAAACGACGCAUCCACUACUGUGAUUAUCCUGGCUGCACAAAAGUUUAUACAAAGUCUUCUCAUUUAAAAGCUCACCUGAGGACUCAUACUGGUGAGAAGCCGUACAAGUGCACCUGGGAAGGCUGCGACUGGAGGUUCGCACGCUCCGACGAGCUGACCCGUCACUACCGGAAGCACACGGGGGCCAAGCCCUUCCAGUGCGGGGUGUGCAACCGCAGCUUCUCCCGCUCGGACCACCUGGCCCUGCACAUGAAGAGGCAUCAGAACUGAGCCACUGGGGGCCCCCGCUGUGCCUGUGCCCGUCCCACUGCAGAUCACUUGGCAACGUUUUAAACCACAAACUUAACUCUCUCUAUAUAUACACCUAUAUAUAUAUAUAUAUAUAUAUAAAAGAAAAAAAUAAAAAAAACUGGAAAUGUAUAUUUUGUAUAUUUGAGAAAACAGGGAAUACAAUGUAUUAAUACCAAAGUGUUUGGUCCUUUUACAAAUCUGGAAUGCUUGCUGUAAUGUACAUGGCUUUACUCAAGCAGAUCUCAUCUCACGACAGGCAGUGACAUCUCAACGGGGUGGGGGUGGGGGUUUUGCAGUGUUUUUUACCUAAGCACCAUCAUUUAAUGUGACAGUGUUUAGUAAAUAAAUCAGUUGGCAGGCACAGGAAGAAGACUGGAUUGCAUGUCAAGAUUUUACUUGACAUCGAGUAAUUUUAUUUUACUUUUUCCAAUAUUAGAUAAUUCCUUAGAGGUGAGGUACGCGGCGUACCUGGCAAUUCACAAAUAGCCAUUGAACAAAUGUGUUUUGUUUUUUUUUUUAAAUAUGAGUUGCCUAUAUUUGCUAUUCAAAAUUUUGUAAAUAUGCAAAUCAGCUUUAUAGGUUUAUUACAAGUUUUCUAGGAUUCUUUUGGGGGAAAAUCAAUAAUUCUUUUGUUGAAAAUAACCAUGACUACAUCUACAAAUAGAAUUUGUGGUAAGAUACCUCUUCAAACGUUACCAAAUUCAUUUCUUUAGGGGGUCAGAUAAUCGUUCAGAUGAAUUUAAAUGCAGAUUUUGUGCACUGAUUAAAUGGGAUUGUUUAUUUUAAAUAUGAAAGAAUUUUAUAUGAAUUGUGAACUCAAGAACAUAAAGAUAGUUACAAUAGAAAAAAAGUCAAACCUCUUGCUAUAAGCUAAAUACAGUAUCAUUUUUGAAAAGAUUUCAAUGGUUUUCACUUGGCAACAAAUGAAUUUAUGAUACAGUUUUCAUAUAGCGAUGUUUGCUUGUGCAGUACUGUUGGUUAGAUGCCAAUUAAUGUGGAUUUUGCAUGUAAUACACAACGAGACACAGUAAUUUUACCUAAAUUACAGUGCAGUUUAGUUAAUCUAUUGUUAUACUGACUCAGUGUCUGCCUUUAAUUAUGUGACAUGUUGAAAACUUAAGCGAGUGCUACAUAUAUGCAAUAUAAAAUAGUAAUGUGAUGCUGAUGCUGUUAACCAAAGGGCAGAAAACAUAAGCAAAAUGCCAAAAGGGGUCUUAAUUGAAAUGAAAAUUUAAUUUUGUUUUUAAAAUAUUGUUUAUCUAUUUAUUUUGUGGUAAUAUAGUAAGUUUUUUUAGAAAAUUUUCAUAACUUGAUAAAUUAUAGUUUUGUUUGUUAGAAAAGUUGCUCUUAAUGUGUAAAUAGAUGACAAAUGAUGUAAAUAUUUUGUAAGGCUUCAAAAUGUUUAUACGUGAAAACAUACAUAAAACGCAUAAAUCGGUUUGCUGUUUUGCUUCUUUUUCCCUCUUAUUUUUGUAUUGUGGUCAUUUCCUAUGCAAAUAAUGGAGCAAACAGCUGUAUAGUUGUAGAAUUUUUUGAGAGAAUGAGAUGUUUAUAUAUUAACGACAAUUUUUUUUGGAAAAUAAAAAGUGCCUAAAAGAC